UUUACAAAUUUAUUAUUUGAAGACAAAAGAAUUUUGUUAUUUGAAAAAAAAAUAUAUUUAUAGAUAAAUAAUUUUAAUGGAAUAUAAAACAUUUAUAAUAGAGAAUAAUCUCAAACAGAAGCAUCAAUUUAUGGAAAUUUAUUAAAUCGGAUCUAAAAAGAUCUAAAUAAAAAGUAAAUAUAUUUAAUAUAGCAUAGUUAUAUUAAGUAAAAACAUUUUAAAAUAUAAAGGAGAUAAGCACUGCAAUAAAAUAUCUUUAAAGGAAGGGCCUGACAGAUACAUGUCUGUCCCUGACGAACGAUAGAGUGGGGUAGAACGACCUGGGCCUGUUGGACCUUCGCGUCUACAGUCUCUCAGGGGGGGUUGUCGUAUAUCCGUUGGUUAGGCUCGCUUGCGCCCGAGAGUUUACUAUCUUCAAACUCUUCUCAUCGAUACCGUUUGGUGAAAGUCUGCAAUGUCGCGUCACGUCGUUUUCUGCGGCAAAAGUGAAGCGGUGGGACGAUGUUUCUAAAUUUGAAUUUUAUUGAUAAGUGUCCGGCUGCGCUUCACGCGUCCUCCAUGAAAUUGUUGUGUCGUUGAAUCAUCUACCUGAGUUACCUGUGCAUCCAGAUGGCGCGUUCAUCAGAUCGUGAAAACGUUGAGCUUGCAUUCGAAUGCCGUGGCACCGUCAUCGCCCGUUGGAUUACCUGACAAAGAUCUCUGUCUAACCAACUUGAAAUAAUUUUUUAAACAUGAAUAUUUCAAAUAAUUUUUACACAUGAUUAUUUUUAUUAAAAUCAUUUCUUCGUUGACACAAGCUGAAAAACUCUAUUGUGCCGUACUGUCGUGUGUUUUUAUCCGCUUGAUUGCAUAAAUUUUACGUCGAGUGGAAAUAAUUGAUGAAUGAGUUUUCCGCAAGUGAUCGACAAGAGUGUCAAACUUCUGGACUCUUUAACUGGAUUCUCCACGAGAGAUUAAACGUACUUUGAGUUCCGGUGGGGUCGCCGGAAGUAGCUGAGCGUGACGGCGACGGUGCUAACGGAAAAACGUGGGAACCUGCGUCGCGUAGCCGCGCUUCGCCGCUGCUCCAUUAGUUGACGUGCGCUAAACGGCCUCGAGAAUAAUCGUAUUAUACACUUUGCGACAAAUGAUUUUUUAUCACGAGAAAAUCUAUUCUAAGCUGAUAUCGUGCGUGAGCCCCUUGCAUUAGCGAUAAAUAAAGACGAGUACGCAGAAAGAAGGCAAAAAGGAGUACAAGAAGACGAGCGAAAGAGGUAAAAAGGAUAAUAACGAAUGGACGAGAUCAACUUGUUUGUGCUUCUCGGGUGUCUGACGAAUUAAUUGCCUCGUCGGAAGCAUUGCACUCAACGACUAAUUAGAUGAGUGGGAAAAUAUUGCAUCGACUAAAUUACGGAAAUUCACAGGCGAGAACUAGUUUGUAAAAUGUACCGAAGUCUUUUUCGGCCAUGAUUAAUUGGUGCAUUAAAGCAGCGCGCGAAGUUAGUUUAAUUGAAUGUACGUAAUAUCCUCGAGUGGAGUGCGAGUCGAGAGAAAAGGUCCACUCGUAGAACGUACAAAUACCAGAUUCGAAAGUUGAAGCUUGAGCUGGUUCUAGUCUCACAUAUGUCCCUGUCCGUCCAACAUUCACACACAGCUGAAUAAUUUGUAACGAUUCGCGAAAUUGCGGUAUAAAAUAUUUUUGUCAACGAAGCUAUCGUAUUAUUUAUGGGAAACGACGGAUUUAAAAAGGAUGAAGAGCAAAGCAAUUUAAAGAAAAGUACGAUUGGAAUUUGUGCGAUACUCUUUGUUACGACAGACGUAUUGAGGACGCAGGCAGUCAUCGUUUAAAAAUAACAGACAGUGAUCGUAAGGUAUCAUCACGUAAGACGUAGCUGACGACUGCAUUGUUCAGCUCUGGCGUGCAGCGGAGUACGCGGUUGUUCUCCACCGUUGUUCGCGAGGUGUUUGCGACGUCUGUGCGACCAGCGGCAGCAGGCUUGAAAGAAAAGGGAGUGAGGUAGUCGGAGAGAGGAAAGACUUAACCGCGAGACCAGAAACGGAGAGAGAGACUGAUCGGAAUCCCACUCUUCUAGGUGGAAUCUCUGACGUCAGCCUGGAGCAAGUCGUAUGACCAGUUCGGGACGCUCGCUGGUAAAAAGAGACGAAGAAAAAGAGGAAGCGGAGGAAGAGUAGGAGAAAGAGGAGAAGGCAACAGCCUCCUCUCUCACGUCUAUCUGGCUACGUUUUUACCGGCCGGCUCUUGGGAGCAUCUCUCGUGCCGCCACGUCCUAUACGCAUCGUGACAUCCAUCACCAGUAGUAGCGCUUGCCCCUACCUCUCUCUCUCUCUCUCUCUCUCUCUCUCUGCGUCUCUCUCCCUCCGUCUUUUCGCGGCAUCCAUUCAGUGGCCGUUGUGCCAGACUAAAAUUACCCUGGUCGGCUACGAUCUACGCGCGAGCGGAGUGCUAGCUCCAGCGCGGAGCGUUUCGGAGCUGGUCGCGCGCGGUCUGCGAGGCGUACGUACCUGAUGUACGAAUGGUUGUGAGACAUCGAGUGUGCGAACGGAUAUCGCGUAAGACCGGACCAAUCUCGAUUUUGUGACAGGGUGCUUGAUUGAGUGCCUCCUCCGCGCUGCGCCGGUCCCCUCAACGUCACUCUUGAGUGGGAAGUGAUCUACAUGGAAUGUCAUUCGAAAGGAUUCAUGAAUAAUAUAGGAGAAUUUUUAGAGUCUACAUCGUAAUAAAGUGGAAGAGAUUAAAAAGUCACCUGCUAACGUAUUGAAACUCAACGCAACAUUUCCAAGAGUAGUGCUUCUAUCUUUUAAAAUUUCGAUGAGGUGUUUGUGCAUGUUUGAAAAGUAACUUCGUCGCUUUCUCUCUCUGCCCUCCUGUACGAGAGAUAAGUGCGCAACGUAAAAGUCACACCUAUGUCGCCGAGCAUGGAUAUCAUUGGACGUCAGUGACAUCGCGUAUGGUGUAUCAAAGGAUACGUGGAACUGCCAACAAUCCGUUGUAUUUGGAUACUUGACGCGAGUGGUACUGCUCGUCGCGAAAACAUCGCCGUCCAAGAGAAAUGGGAAACCACCCGUCCGCCCACCAGCCACUCGAGAAGGCUACCAGCCAUGCUGGAAAUGGUCUUCGUCUCUCGAAGCGAGAGAGGUCGCCGGGGAGAAGAAUGGAUCGGCUUCGACGAAGCUUCCGGGACAGCUUCCGCCGGCGGAAAGACCCUCAUGUGCCCGAGUCUAGCAAGCCUCACCAGUGGCAAGCGGAUGAAAGUGCAGUGCGUUCAGCUACAUGCGCUUUUAACGUUAAGUACCUGGGAUGUGUUGAGGUCUUUGAAUCGAGGGGUAUGCAGGUUUGCGAGGAGGCCCUUAAAGUUCUCCGAAACUCAAGACGAAGACCGGUGAGAGCGAUACUUCACGUAUCCGGGGACGGAUUGCGUGUUGUCGAGGACGAAACGAAAGGGUUAAUUGUCGAUCAGACAAUUGAAAAGGUGUCUUUCUGCGCGCCCGAUAGAAAUCACGAGAAGGGAUUCAGUUACAUCUGUAGGGAUGGUACGACGAGGCGGUGGAUGUGCCACGGAUUUUUAGCAUUAAAAGAAUCGGGAGAAAGAUUGAGCCAUGCAGUGGGCUGUGCUUUCGCCGCAUGUCUGGAAAGGAAACAACGACGGGACAAAGAAUGUGGAGUUACAAUGACUUUUGAUUCGAAGACUUCCAUCUUUACGAGAAGCGGUAGCUUUAGGCAACCUAAUCUCGCGGAGCGGUUGCAAGAAGCACAUGAUCGUGCAGCAGAAAUUCCUCCGGUCAGGCAGGUGUACAAUCCCUUUGCGAUCGAGAGGCCACACGCUACUUUAUCUAUGCUGGAGCGGCAAGGUUCCUUCAGAGGUUUUUCACAGCUAAGUCAAGCAUCCCCAUUUAAAAGGCAACUCAGUCUACGAGUCAACGAUCUUCCUAGUACCCUAGAACGCACACGUAGUCACAGUCUCGAGCCAACGGAUUUGGCGCGAAUGCCUUCAGCUCAUUUGCACAAUGUACCUUCGAAACCUCCAGAAUUCGAAGGAUAUGACGAAGUGAGUCCAAUACCGGAAAUAUUUCCUGGUGAUCAUGACAGUGUCUCUGCAAUGUGUCAGCAGCUUUCUCAAGGGCUUUCUCUACUCUCGAGCAGCGAUGACUUCGGACCAAUGCCGUCGUCUCAGCCUGCCACGAGCUCCGUCGCUAAGCAGCUUUUCACCAGUACCAUUAAUAACUCUCCUCCAGUCACGAGUAGCAACUCGUUGGACGAGAUGAAACUGCAGAAUGGUCCCAAUAUCAAUAACAACGAUAACAACGACAAGAACGAAGAGCUCAGUAAUCUGAAUCAUGUCGGAUCCAGUUGGCAAGAGUCAGCAUCUCCCGUUCUUGCGUCAAAUCAUAGGCUCACGCCUCUCCUUAAGACGAGCAACAUGAGUCCCGUUCUUCCAAGGACGAACGCGCCCACUCCGGUCGUUAUGAGCACACCGUCUGUUUCCUCUAGUGUAGUUGCCUAUGGCACGCCGCCGUCAGCAGCAAGUCCUGCUUUCAGCACGGCUUCUACGUCCUCUUUAGGAAAUACGUCUACGCCGGCCAUGAGCAGAUCACCGAUCCCAAUGAAUUCCGUGAUAACUCCAAAAACAACUUCUCCUAGUACCAGCAUAGCAUCUGUUUCCUCGGCAAUCUCGACUGACGUCGCUCAAGUCUCAUCGUCAACUGGAAUUCCGACGGCUUUAGUGCAACCGCUUUCCACGGCAGCUGGUUUACCAAAACCAGAACAAUGGCUGGGUAGCAUAACUGGCUCUGUGCCGUCACCGGCGCAGCAGGCAACAGUUAGUCCUCGGAGAGCGCCUCCUCUUCAUACGAGAGCGCAUUCACUCGGCUCGGCUGCUAUGAGUCUGACUUCCAGAGGACCUUCUGAUCCUUUCGACGUUGAAUGGGCGGAAAUCGCUUCCAGAAAUAUGCAGCAGUCGACCACAACAAAUCCCUUUAUUAUGCCGAACGCGACGCAGGCGUUCCAAGUUCAGUUAUAGCGUCAGGAGUUCAUUAACAAUGUCGCCAAGUAUUUCCACUCAAGCACAUAGCGGCUACACGUUCGCCCGCGCUCUGAUCUUGCACACGAUCGAAAGUAUUACACGUGAGCUGCGUGUUCUCCAAUCGAUCACAAACGCCGUCAAGUUUCCGGUUGGGUAGUAGCGGUAUACGACAUGCCAUUAAAAAGUUUCUGAACUGAAGUUACGAGGUGUGAACCAGCGAUAGUACGAGAAUGCGCUCUCAGAACAUGAACUAGUCUCAUGAGUCAAUAUAUUAGUGACACGAUGUUGCAAUUAUUGAGUGUUCUGUUCGCGUUUUUAUUCGGCGCUCCAAAUGCCUGUCUGCGAUCGCGAUGAUGAUAGAAAAUUGAAGUAACGUUCGUGUAAAUUUAAAAACUAAAAAUACUUCCAAAAACCAUCAAAUGUUUCAAGUCUUUGGGGACAAAGCAGUAGGAAUAAUAUACUUCCUAAGUGGCACAGAUGUUUUAAACGGAGAGAAAUCGCUCGAAGAACAAGAAACGUUUGGGACAAUAAUUCAAUAACAAGCUCAACUCCUAAAAAUGUUCAAGAAAUCAAGCAAUCGUUUUUCCGCGAUUUUCACGAACGGAUUGAUUGAUAUAAUGAUCGGUUUACAAUGAUAGGAAAUAUUUGGUGGAUUUUGGAGAUGUUUUACACAAAAUUUGAUGCAUGCGCCUUGCUCCAAUUUUGUAUUUAUUGCAGUCGCAAAUGAGCACCUAGAUUGUCGAGUAAAAGUGCAAACAGUGUUAUGCUCAACAAUUGCAGCACUAUGUUACUUGGUAUACUAAUUCAUAAAAUUGCGAUUCCUACCUUAUAUAAGGAUUCUACUUCAUUUUAGUACUACUGCUGGUUCUCAUUUUGCAGCAACAGUUUGAAAACUUUUUCAUUGCAUCUCGUAAGUUUACCACGCUAGACCCUUCGAGAAGCUGGACCGAAGGAGCGCGAUGAUUCUUUUUGUUGAAUCAGCGCUUAGUAGCAACGAUGGUAGCAGCGAACUGAACCAGCACAAAGAUAUGAGCGUAAAAUAUACUUAAUAGAUAGAUAAGUAUAUGCGCGCACAGCCUUAACGACCUCAGUAAGAAUAAAAGUAAAUCACGCAUUAUAUGCAUAAGCAGAUGCCCAGGUGAUGUGACGGGGGACACAAAGUUUCACGCACGAUAAUAACAGGCUACAUCUCGUCAGCCGAUUAAGUAGAAGCAAUAGAAGUCGCGAAAUACGCGUAUAAGCGGAGUUUCCCGACAGUACGGAUAAUAUCUUACACUUAAAUGUCUAUAACGCGAUAUCGUAACUGGAUAUCCUAAUUAUCUUGAGUAGAGUUAGGCUCGAACCGAGCGAUUAUCGUCGUUCUGCAUGAAAAACGAAAUUGUACGCACUCAAGAUUACGCUGCACCCUUACUGUUAUUUUUUUCAAAGAAAAAAGGGAAAAGUAUAUAGGAUAGUUGCCACUUCGUGGUCGUAUCAUGACCUGAAUCACGAAGUGAGGUGACCGCACACCUUCCACAGGAAGGGAACAUGCAUUUCCGACAAGCUUGCCCGGCUCAGACAAGCAUGGAUAGACACAUUCUAUCGAACGUAGAACGUGGUAGAGGAUAGGAGGUUAACAUCCGCGGGAGACUGUGAUAUUGACGUGAAGUGGCCAGUACUUAAGCGGACAGGGUCGAACGGAUUAUGAAGUAUCGUGAGAAACUUGCUCAAAGUCAUCGCGCCGCGUGGUAAUACAGAUUGAGUGAUUGUGAGUUCGGGUACCACAGACUCUAUCGUCCCGUAGCCGGCAAAGAAAAACACCCCAUAAAUUAGCUUAAGAUUAGCUGUUAAAGACUAGCGGAGAUAUGUCUUACACUAUCGUUGUCUAUUAUACAUACGAUCGUGUCGCAUUUAUCAUGAGGACCGAGGAGCGGGUAUGACGAAGCGCGUAGAAAUUCUCGCACGAGGAUAAUGCUCGCGAAAUUAAAUAAUUUUCCUCGAGAGAGUCUAGACGGUGCUUCCGCUCUGUUAAUAAUAGUUGCGAAAAUCGCUUGUCGAGCCGAUCCUCGAGUGUGAGUUACAUAUCUACGACCUGAUUGCGCUCGGCUACGUACAUCGUAGCGAGCGAAGGAGUUUCCUCAGUCCCGUGUAGUAAUUGAUAGUAUCCCGUGAGAUAUCAGUAUUGCGCCUCGCAGCUUUCUGUCUUUCAAGUUAACCGCUGCACUUUCGGUUUUUCGAAACGGAUCGAGGGUAAACGUCGAGGAAGGCCAAGGGAGAUAUUACAACAGGGAUAACUGAGGCGUGUGUGUAUGCAUUGUACAUAGAUUAGUUAUUUAAAACGUAUCUUGAUAGUAUGGAGAGUGUGGAAAAAUUGUGAAGAGAGCGUGUGUCAUUCAUUAAGCCGGCGACUCAGCAAUGAGGCGAGAGGAAUUCUUCAAUCGAAGCGAAUAAUCGAAGUAACUAUAGUAGCAUUUUAUAAUUUUAUAAAUCAUAUAAGAGACGAUGAUGCUACGACUUUGCAUCAUAUAAGACAGAUCUGCUUAAUUGUAAAUUAUAAAUUAAACAUUAUAAAUUGUAAAUUGUAAAUUAUAAGUUAUGUAAAUUAUACGUUUGGUGAUGGUCCUGAUUCUUGCUUUAUUUUUAAGAUUAAUAGAUUGUCAUGCGUAGUAAUUUUAAUAUAUAAAUACGUAAAUAUGUGUAAAUAUACUUUCGCAAUAUUAUAAAUUUAUUCACGCAGCAUCGUUUUGGUCGCGCGAUUUCGUUAACGCCAUUAAAUCGUAUUGGACGUCAUUUAUUUAGUCACAUCGAAGCAUGUAUCAAUAUUUUUCCACACAGAUAGAACGUUAAAGUAUUAUUGCUUCGAUUGUAAUAGACUAAAUCGGAUAAUCGAUGAAAACGAAAUUGCCAUUGGCAAUUGUAGAGCGAAUGAUACGAUUUUCACGAUGGAAAAAGUCACCGUCGUCAUUGCGAGUUGUUCGGCAAAAAUGGACUUGGUUUUUCGAGCCACCUUCCGUCCGUCCCGAAAAUCAAAAGGAGGAACAAUGUUAAGCGAAGAAAGUUAAACGAAUAAUUGUAAAGCAGCACAGGGAGCGAUCGCUUAGGUACUUAUUGUGGUACUUAUGAACAUGUCGUUUAAUCAAUGUACUUAAAUAUUAACACACGUAGAUCGUUGUUAGCGAGACCGUUGCUAAUCGACACACAUUGUCGAUGUCUUCUUCUUUAUAUUCGUCUUUGUAACUUUUAUCGUUUUUAUUUUCUUCGGACUGACAUUUCUUCCGUUUUUUCCAUUCAUUUUUCGUACAUUUCCCGAGGGAGCGUGCGAGAAAGAAACAUGUACAUAACGCAGUAUAACAAUUCGUUAUAACAUUAUCACGUUUACGUACUUAUUGUUUUCUUUUUAUGUUUCAUAGUCGAUGUACGUUAACUUACAAGAUUUAUUUGACUAGGAUCGAGGAGAAGCGAUAGCGGCGUCUUGGCUGGUCUCUGCAUCUACGACGUCUGUAAUUUAUUCGGAAUUGCGGAAUACUUUUUUGUAAUUUUUUAAUUGAUAUGCGAUCGAUGGCUCUCGUUUCUGUUAGACGUCUUUUUCUUCUCGUCACCGAGAAGCGCGGGGAUUAGCCAAGACGCGUUCCGGUGUCUCGUUUGACUGAUGCAGGCGAGUGCAUUUAGAGAAACGGAUAACAGUGGCAUACAUAUACACAUAUACACGUAUAUACACGUACUUAGAAAGAGAGAGAGAAAGAGAGAGAGAAAAAGAGAGACGCCGGGACAGGGAUAUAGGCGAAUAGAUGCACCGCGUGCCAAAUUCAAAAGUGCAACCGCGUUGCCUGCCAGUUGGAUGGUACACAUCGCGCACGCUUACGUGGUUGUGUUGUACAUAGUAUCGCCGGUCGAUUCCUGGAUCAACAUGCGACUUAUGCGUGUAUAUUUCGUAAAGGUAUCCUUGUUCAUUUUACAUUGUAUCUGCCACUGUAAAAAUACGGUUUAUUAUAUAAUAUCUGUUGUGAUUAUGAA